UUGAAUUAAAAUCAAAUCCAAAUUAUUAUGCAACAUAUAAGUUAGUAAUUUAUUUAUCAAAAUCAUUUAAGAACAAAAGCAAAUAUCUGUUUUUAUGUUUGCAUAUGUUUUCUUGCAGUAUUAAAUGAGAAGCCGUCCGCUGCUCAGGCUUCCAUGAACACUUUCACUGAAAGUGCUGAAGAGGAUUAUUAAAUACUGUUAAACCUCAUCGGCUAGAAUUAUUACAAUAAUUAAUAUCAUGUGUUAUGUCUCUGUAAUUCAGACAGUCAAAGAUGUCACCCUGCAAGUUUUUUCUAAAAACGAGUCCAGACAUAAAACUGUGAUCAUGCUUGACGAGAACAAUAGAACUAAUAAUCCUGAGGAAGUUUGCGAAGGCAGCACUGUGGAACAUCCUGGAUGUAAAUUAGAGCACACAUCUGCUGAGCCCAUGCCUGAGGAACUGUUUAUACUCUCUUUCAUAGUAAUCCCACCCACUUUAGAUGAGGGGCGGAGUUUCAGACAGAGCUCCUCCCACCUGUGGCAGCAUCUGAGUCACAUUCUCAUGGAUGGUCAGAGUGCUAGUGAGAGCAGGGAGGUAUCUCAUCUUCUAAUCACAGACGCUUUAGUUCCUGUGUCGGAGGAUGAAGAAAAGAAAAGUGAACAGGGAGACGUGGGCAAAUCUAGGAAUGGAGAAUUGAAACACAAGAUACCAGUUUCCACAUCUCAGGGGAAUACCAAAGACGAGAGUCAGGCAGACCAUUUGUGGAAGGAUUGGAAAGCCUUGUGGCAGAGGGGACUGAUGAUGAGAAGGAACACCUGGAAAAGAAAAAUACCUGAGAGAACCAGGAUAGCAAAGCUGCAAGUUAAACCCAUCCCUGUUUCACGGAGAAACACUCGAGGUGGUGAUGCUAAAGAGGACACAGCAGCUCUCUCUUUUAAACAGACUACCGGUUUCAACACGAGAGACAAGCUCAUCGAGGCGCCAAACCAGGCCCCCAAAAACCAGCAGUCAACACCGUACGUCCUGAGAGAAAACGGAUAGCAGCCGGACCUGGAGUAAAGCGACCCUCACCAACCCCUGCAUCUGUCAUUGAGAACUCAGAUGAAGAACCCACAAGUGUCUCCAAAUACUUCUUAAGUGACAUCUUUACUGAAGUUGAUGAACUAGAAGACAUGGAUUUAGGCCAAAGGUUGGAAUUACAAACCAGUCACAACUAACUAAACAGUCAGAAAUAUAGUUUGACAUAAGUUGGGUGUAUAGACGUCUGAAUAUUUGGAAGGACACUUUUACCAAGAAGAACCACAACUGAAGAGAUGCAGCAAAAACAUACCUCAGUAAUAGCUGAAAUAAUGUCUUUUAUGUCAUUAUAAUUUUAUUUAAGGAUAAAUAAGUAUUAAUUCAGUUAAGUUUUUGUUACUGUUGCACUCUUUUGUUAUGUAAAGUUGUAUUAUAAUUCAUGUCUGAUCUGAGCCUAACUGAAUUUUUUAUUUAUUUAUUUGGUCUCGACCUGCAUUUUAUUUCCAGUUAUGAAUUAGAAACGUUAAUUUCUCUCACAGUAAGUGACUUUUCUUUUAUUAUUUAUUCAUCUUUUUUAAGAGCAGCUUUGAAACAAACCUCUAUUUUAAAUACGCACUGCCCUGUUUUUAGCUCCAUGCUGUCUGCGUGUUGUAUUUGAGCAUUGCUCCACAUUAUUUGUAGCAAUUUAUAUUUCAACUUUUAACCUUUGUUCAGUUUUAUGCUCUUCAUAUUUGUUUUUCAUAGUUGUGUCUCAAGCAAAUGUUUUACUUGUGUUUGUAAAUAUGUUAAUAAAAAAUGUACAGUAUGUUUGUAAA